AUGAAUGCUGUGAGCGUACCGACCAUCGAUCUUACGUUAGAUGAUUCAGAUGAUGGUUCUAAGGUCAGUGAUGGACCUAGUACAACAAGGUUACCGGGUCUCGGUCUCUCAAAGGUACGAAAGGAUAUGAGCUCGCCUUUGAAGCAGAGUACACAGGAGGAUUCACUGGCACCAAAGAGGAAAUACGAAGCCUUGGACGAUGACAAUACGACUGUGAAGAGGCCAAGCCCUGAGCAGGAAGUUAUCACGGUCUCAGAUGAUGAAAGAGGCAUGCAUAAUUUACGCGACGAGGACAAAGAGAUCUUCUUGAAGAACGCAUUCAGGUCUUUACAAAGUAAUAGUACCAUUUUACAACGGAAACUGACUAGGAGAGAGCAGGAAGUCGCCGAUGCUGAGAAGAAGUUGUUAUUACACAAGAGAACUUCGCCUGGAAAUGAGGGACAAAUGAGCAAGACUCAACAUAUUCUCGUGGAGGAAGCAGAGAUCAGUUUGAAACGAUUGAAAACAAAGAGAAAUCAUACAAAGCAAAAAUUGGAUGAAGUGAAGGGAAGAAUGUAUGAUUUUUCUGAAAGAUGGAACUCUUUUGUCGCAGAGAGAGAGGAGAAGAUCAAGCAAGAAGCUGGGAAGGCGCUAGUCAAGAAACGACAAGAACUACUUUCGCAGAAAGAAUUGAUUGCACAUAUGGCUAGGGAGGGCUCCUUAAGUGAAUACACCUACAAGAGUAUGGCUGAAGAACUAGAUCAAAAACUGAAUGAGUUGAACGCACAGGGAGAGACAACAGUCAAACACCCCUCCAGCAGUCCGGAACCACAAAAGCAUAUUGACCCAUUCACCAAAUCACUUGAUACAGCCAAAGAAUUGCUCGCUAAGAAUACUUCGAGAACGGAGAUGACAAAGAGAACUUUGUAUCAACAGCUCGACGUAAUAAGAAACUACAGAGAUCAUUUCCAAAGGGGUAGAGAAUGCAAUGUUUCAAUGAGAAACGCCAGUCGAGAUGCUGCCGAAAUUCUUUUCCAAAAUGGUGUGAAAAUGCCUUUGGUUUACGACACCUUACAGGACUAUGGUAUUCGCUUUCGUACUCAUGGGAUCACGUCUGUUGAUAGGAGGGCUCAAUAUUACAAGAGUUUGGAAGUCGCCAGAGAACUUGUCAGAAACUCUAAUAGGCAUUUUGCCAUCAAGGUGAGAAUAGCCGAUUCGCUAAAUGUUUUGCUUGAUUUAAGGCAGUCAAUCGAUGCUGGUUUCCCACCAAAACCCGCAUUCAAACUUGAAGUAGGUCGUUCUUGUGUCGAGUUGCAAGAGCAGGGGCUGAAGAUGGAAAAACUGUACGAAAACAUCAGGAAAUAUGGUAUUGUGACUAGUCGAUCGGAACUCGAUUUUUUACAAAAGUAUCAAAAAUCUGAAGAACCUUUGUCUAUCCCAGAUGAAGAACCUAUUAACUACCCAAUGAUAGAGCAGCAGCGAUCGCAGUUCACCGGUACAGAUGAUCUACAAAUCGCCAAUUUAUAUUCGGCUGAUGAUAAAGAGCAUAUUCGUGCUUUACUUGAAAACAUCAAGCAAGAUGAAGACGAGAUCGAGGGUGAAACAUUGACUCCAGAACAGCUUACUGUGAAUCUGUUGAGACAUCAGCGUGUUGGGCUUCAAUGGCUUCUAAAUGUGGAGAAGUCGAAGAAAAGAGGCGGGAUUCUUGCAGACGACAUGGGCCUUGGUAAGACCGUACAGGCCAUUGCACUGAUGUUAGCAAAUAGAUCUAAGGACGCGGCCUGUAAGACCAACUUAAUUGUGGCGCCUGUGUCUGUCUUACGUUCAUGGCAAGGUGAGAUUGAGACCAAGAUCAAACAAUCCGCGGGAUUCACUUGCUAUAUUUACGGUGGGGGAGGCGGUAAUAAGAUAAGCAGGUGGAGGGCUCUAUCUCACUAUGAUGCUAUUUUGGUGUCCUAUCAAACCUUAGCUAUUGAAUUUAAGAAACACUGGCCCGUCAAUUUGGGUGAAGCUGGUAAAGAUCUUCCUCCCAUUCCGCAGAUCAAGGCAUUAAAUUCGUUAAAGACAUUGAAUGAAUAUUGGUCUCCUUUUUUCUGCAAUGAAUCCGAUUUUUAUCGAGUCAUUCUUGAUGAAGGCCAAAAUAUUAAGAAUAAGAAUACCAAAGCUGCAAAGGCCUGCUGCACAAUCUCGUCCACUUACAGAUGGGUCCUCUCAGGUACUCCCAUACAAAAUAAUAUGAAUGAGCUGUAUUCCCUGAUAAGGUUUUUGAGAAUCCCGCCAUACCACCGAGAAGAGCGCUUCAAUGCUGAUAUUGGUAGGCCUUUGAACUACAAGUCAACUGACUACGACAGCGAGGACCGGAAAAGAACGAUGAAGAAGGUGAGAAUUUUAUUAAAGGCUAUAAUGUUGCGUCGAUCCAAGACGGAUAAGAUUGAUGGUGAGCCUAUUCUAGAGUUACCGGCCAAAGAAGUGGAAGUUGAAGAGGCUCAACUCGAAGGGCAAGAACUCGAAUUUUACUCCGAUCUCGAACAGAAAAACCAAAAAUUGGCUAAGCGGAUCCUGGAAAGAAAAGCUAAGGGGAAUUAUUCCAGCGUUUUAACCUUGUUACUUCGGUUAAGACAGGCCUGCUGUCAUCCGGAAUUGGUAAUUGCUGGUGAGAAGAAAGCCGAGGGAACAAGAGUGGCUAACGGUAAAAGUUUUGAAGAUGACUGGUUAAGAUUGUACCGUCGAAUCCGAAUGAUGACAAACGAGCAGCAUGAAACUGUUUCAAAAUCAAUGGACAUGAUGAUCUGUUUUUGGUGCAUGGAACAAUUAGAGCCCGAAUCAACUUGUGUCCUGAGCGGUUGUGGACAUCUUUUAUGUGAUGCGUGUGUGGAGCCAUUUACGGACGAAGCAUCCGGUGCUUCAAAUGCAUUAACUACUGAGAAGGGCAUCCUGCGUUUACCGUGUAAGAAGUGCCAAAACAGGACAAUGGAAACGGAGAUUGUCUCGUACAAAUUGUAUGAUCAAGUGGUUAAUCAAUCAUUUACCGAGCAAAUGUUGUAUGCUGAGUUUAAGAGCGAAAUGGAACGUCAAAAGAUGAGGGCCGGUAAAUCGUAUGUGCCGGAUCUCAACAAAUUGGAACCAUCAACCAAGAUGCGCCAAUGUAUGGACGUCAUAAAGAAAGUGCUGGACAAAUCAGAUACAGAAAAGAUUCUUGUUUUUUCACAGUUUACCACUUUUUUUGACUUAUUUCAACAUUUUCUGGCUAGAGACCUUGACGUGCCAUUUUUGAAAUACACCGGUGUAAUGAAUGCUCAACACAGGUCCGAAGUCAUCAACCGUUUUUACAGUGAAAAAGACAAGAGAGUUCUCUUGAUCUCUAUGAAGGCUGGUAACUCUGGUUUGACAUUAACCUGUGCGAACCACGUUGUGAUUGUCGAUCCAUUUUGGAACCCUUACGUCGAGGAACAAGCGCAAGAUCGUUGCCAUAGAAUCAGUCAAACAAAGGAAGUUCAUGUGCACAAACUGUUCAUCAAAAACAGUGUCGAGGACAGAAUUGCUGAAUUACAAAAGAGAAAGAAAGAAUUGGUUGAUGCUGCUAUGGACGCAAGUCAUAAGGAAUCCAUUAACAGAUUGGGUGCUCGAGAAAUAGGCUUUCUGUUCGGUUUGAACACACUACAAUGA